CGUACGGUGAGUAAAGAGCCACGACUACUUCACUCGCCUCCACACAGAUUACAAGGAUCAGUAGACUAGACUGCAGACGUACGGCACAAGCUCGCUCCAGUAAUCCAUGGCCUCCGACCAUCGCCUAUACGCUCUCAAGGCCUUCGACGACACCAAGGCCGGCGUCAAAGGCCUCGUGGACGCGGGCGUCACCGCCGUCCCCGCAAUCUUUCACCACCCGCCGGAAUCCCUCAACGACGCACCAACCCAUCCCCAUGGCCACCAGUUCGCCAUCCCGGUCAUCGACUUAGCCGGCCUCGUGACACCGUCCGGACGGGCCUCCGUGGUCGGCGCGGUGACGGCGGCCGCGGAGACGGUGGGCUUCUUCCAGGUGGUGAACCACGGCGUGCCAGAGACGGCCAUGUCGGGGAUGCUCGCGGCGUUGCGGAGCUUCAACGAGGAGCCGGCGGAGGCAAAGCGGCCGUACUACAGCCGGGACCCUGGCCGGCGCGCCAGGUAUGAUAGCAACUUCGACCUCUUCCAGUCGCGGGCGGCCAGCUGGCGCGACACCCUCUUCAUGGAGAUGGCCCCGGAGCCGCCGCCGCCCGAGGAGAUCCCGCCGGCGUGCAGGCGUGUGGCGCCGGAGUACGUGGGGCUAGUGCAACGGCUGGGCCGCACGCUCUUCGAGCUGCUGUCGGAGGCGAUGGGACUCCGCCGCGGGUACCUGGAGGAGGAGCAGGAGUGCCUGGAUGGGCUGAGCUUCGCCGGCCACUACUACCCUGCGUGCCCGGAGCCUCACCUGACCCUGGGCGCCACCAGGCACUCCGACUCCAGCUUCCUCACCGUGCUCCUCCAGGACGCGGUCGGUGGCCUGCAGGUGCUAGUCAACGACGACGACGACAAGCAGCCUGCGUGGGUGGACGUGCCGGCGGUGGCCGGAGCGCUGGUGGUGAACGUGGGGGACUACCUGCAGCUCAUGUCCAACGACAGGUUCAAGAGCGUGGAGCACCGCGUGGUGGCCAAGAGCGUGGGGCCGAGGGUCUCCGUAGCCUGCUUCUUCCGGGUGGACGCGUCGACGAAGGUGCUCGCGCCGAUCGUCGCUGACGCCGGCGGCGCGCGGUACAGGAGCACGACGGUGGCGGAGUUGGUCCGGCACUACAGGGCCAAGAGCCUGGACGGGGUCCCUGCACUCCAACACGUCAGGAUCUGAAUGAAUCUCGCUUUCAUCUGCUGUAUGAACAAGUGCAAGUGUGCAACGAAUAAAUGAAAUGAAGAGACAAUUGCUGUUCGGUA